CCCAAAAAGCGGCAGGUGGGCCCCUGAGAUGGGCUUGAAACACAGGCAAGGGGAGCUUCUGUGAUCCCAGAGAAAACUGCCUGCCAGCAGCCAUUGCCUGCCUGUAAGUGCAAGGUGUCAUGGAGAGUCUCCUCCCCAGCCACACAUCAGGCAGCCACACCAAGCGAAUGCCUCAUGGGCCAUCUUUCCAUGCAUGUUUCUGCAUUCAUGCCAUGAAACUGUGAAUGUCUUUACAGUUCUGCCUUUUAGCAGAUCCUCCAGCUCCUGGAUGUCUGCACAGCACCGUACAGCAUCAGUACCCUGGCCCCAGCCAGCCCUCACCACAGGCAUGGUGGGUGGGCAGCAGCUGAGUCUGAGGGAGGCAUUUCCUUUGCCCUUCCACCUUAGCCCACAGCCCAUCUUUGCUGCACACCUGUGCAAGAUGCCAUGAUCCCAGCUGGUCAAGAAGGUCACUGUGCCUACCUCUGCUAAUUUCAUGCACCAGCCAGGAUGGCUGCUCCACAAAGUGUAAGACCUUGUCAGCAGCUAUGCGCAACAGGCAAUGGAUCUUGGCAGCUUGCCUACGUAGCUGAGGCUUGAGCAGCCCUCAUGAACCAGCUGUGCUCCCCACAGUGCCUGCCAGGGCACCAGGCAGCAACAGAGUAGAGACACCAGGGAAAACAUUUGGACUUUGGCAAGGAGGGAGGCUUCAUCUCUUUAAAAGCCUGUAAGAACUGUGCAUGCCCCAAUCACAUCAUCACUGUAUGACAGCCAAAUGCUUCUUUUGGCUGCAUUACCUGCUGAUAACUGGGUAAAAAUCAGUAAAGUACUUUGGAGCUAUAGGGAGGUACUUUUAUUAUACAUUAACCCAUCAAUACUUCACUUCUGAUAAUAAAAAAGAAUGUCUACAUGGACUUGAAGAAUAAUUCUACAUGAAAGAACCCCAGAAGUGCUGUAGAUCUGCCAAGGAGUACCUGUGCUGAGAACAGUUUCAGGUAACUGCCCUUUCCUAGUUCCUACACAAACACCAAAUAGCUGUGUUUGAUCAUGUAGGGAUGGAAGGCUCUUCAGAUGAGCCUGAACUUCAGGGAAAUUAAAUGCUUUGUUUGAAAGAAGUUGUUAUGGAAAAUGGAAAGUGGAAAGCAGCCUAGCUGAAAUGAAACAAGCAAGUCUCUCUUCCUCAGAAAUCUUUUCCUCACCCAUUUGAUCAUUCUCAUGCAUUCCAGUGACCCAGUUGUAAUCACCAGUUUAGACAGCAGCCAAGACCACCACAGACAGAAGGACAUGCAGAGGAUGAAGAUUCUGACAGCCAGAGUCACUCCCUCCUGAGCCACAGACGAAAAUGGAGCUCCUGGGAGGAGCCACUAUUGUCCUCCUGGUUUGCAUUGCCUGCCUGCUCUCCUUUGCAGCAUGGAAAGGAAGGUCUGGGAAGGGGAAGAUGCCUCCAGGACCAGCUCCCCUUCCCAUUCUAGGCAACCUGCUGCAGGUGAAACCAAGUAACUUGACAAAAACCCUCCAGAAGCUCAGUGAAGAGUAUGGACCCGUUUUCACAGUGCACCUGGGCUCUGACCCAGUGGUGGUGCUGCAUGGAUACGAUGUGGUGAAAGAAGCCUUGGUCGAUCGCGCAGACGAGUUUGCUGCCAGGGGACACAUGCCAAUUGGAGACAGGGCUAACAAUGGAUUAGGGAUUGUUUUUAGCAACAAUGAGCUAUGGUUACAAGUCCGGCGGUUUUCUCUCACCACUCUGAGGAACUUUGGAAUGGGGAAGAGGAGCAUUGAAGAGAGGAUACAGGAGGAAUCUGACUACUUGCUGGAAGAGAUCAACAAAACAAAGGGAAGAGCUUUUGACCCAACCUUCAUGCUGAGCUGUUCUGUCUCCAAUGUCAUAUGCUCCAUUGUCUUUGGGAAACGAUAUGAUUAUAAAGACAAGAAGUUCCUGGCUCUGAUGGACAACAUGAACAACAUCUUUGAGAUGAUCAACUCCCGCUGGGGACAGCUCUACCAGAUGUUCUCAAAUAUCAUGGAUUACCUGCCUGGCCCACACAACAAUAUAUUUGGAGAAUUUGAUGCUCUAAAAGCCUUUGUAGCAGAGGAGGUGAAGUUGCACCAAGCCUCCCUAGAUCCCAACUCCCCUCAGGACUUCAUCGACUGUUUCCUCAGCAAAAUUCAGGAGGAGAAAGAUCGUCCCAAUUCCAGUUUCCACAUGAAGAACCUGAUAACAAGUGCUUUCGACUUGUUCCUUGCUGGAACUGAGACAACAAGCACCACUGUACGAUAUGGGCUCCUGCUUCUUCUCAAAUAUCCAAAGAUUCAAGAGAAAAUUCAAGAAGAGAUUGACCAGGUAGUAGGACGAUCAAGAAAACCCUGUGUGGCUGACCGGACCCAGAUGCCCUACACAGACGCCGUGGUCCAUGAAAUCCAGCGCUUCAUCUCUCUUGUCCCCCUGGCUCUCCCUCACACUGUGACCAAAGACACCAGCUUCAGAGACUACGUCAUUCCUAAGGGCACCACAAUUUUCCCUGUCCUCACUUCUGUCCUCCAUGACAGUAAAGAGUUUCCAAACCCACAUGAGUUCAAUCCUGAACAUUUCUUGAAUAAGAAUGGCAGCUUUAAGAAGAGUGAAUUCUUCAUGCCCUUCUCAGCAGGAAAACGAAUAUGCCCAGGAGAGGGCCUGGCACGAAUGGAGAUAUUCUUACUCAUAGCCACCAUCUUGCAGAACUUUACUUUGAAGUCUGUUGUCAACCCCCAGGAGCUCAACAUUACCCCAACUCUGAGUGGGACAGGCAAUGUACCUCCUGCCUACCAGCUCUGUGCUGUCCCCCGCUGAAAAGCACUGAACCACUCUCCAGUGUCCUGAAACUGGCUAUUCUUUUACAUGUUCUUUACUAAAAUCAACAGCAAGAGCACUGGCCCACUUUUACCAGGCCUUCAGGAAGGCAGUCCAAACACAAGGCACAAAGCAGAGACCUCUGAAGCCUCCCAGAACUCCACCACAUCGCAGGAGGCUCUGGCUGACACUGCAGCCUCUUGCACGGAUGCUCUGUCACAGGAUCAUUGAGUGCAGUGGCUGCAUCAAACAGCCACUGUUGGUUUUCUCUCCAGCACAGCUCCCCUGGCUCUCCCACAGCAUGUAUCCCUCCAAGACCUGGUUUUGCAGAUGGAUAGUGCUGCAUGUGUGUACAUUCAUGAUCCAAUAAACAAAAAUCUGUUUAUGACAA